ACCCGAUCCCGUUCUUACGGGCCAGUGCAUUGCCACAGCCAUGGUAAAGAUCACGGUCUCUCUUCUCCAUCGCUCUUGCAAUUCGACAGCACCCGCUGACCGUCACUAGAACAGUGAUAAUCCGACAAGAUGGCCGCCACAAGACUGUUACCCAUUCUCUCACUCGACGCCGCGAAGGUAGCAUCUGAAGCUUCGCAGCAGAAAGCAGAAGAAAUUGGCGUCGAUGUCAACAUUGCAAUCGUCGACUCGACACUCCAGCUGCUUCACUUUGCCCGCAUGACAAACGCAAAGCUCACUUCCGUCGACAUAGCCAUCAACAAGGCUUUUACAGCAGCUGGCCAUCGCGUACCGACCUCUAAUUACAACACCCCCACGUUCUUCCCCGGUGGCAUGGGUUUCGGCAUACAAUACACCAAUGGCGGCAGAUUCUGCACAUUGACUGGCGGCGUGCCCAUCGUGAUUGAUGGCGUUGUGGUCGGUGCCAUGGGUGUGAGUAGUGGCACUGCAGAGCAAGAUGUCGAGAUUGCAGAGACAGGUAUCAAGGCUAUGAACACUUUGAUCAAAAGAACGCAAGGUCCUAGGCUCUGAGAGGGCAAUUGCACGGGCGAGCAACCGUUAUUGUCGAGUCGCUCAAACCUUGAUAGAUGCCGCCAAAGCCCGAGUUGAAUAAGCUUUCCCUAUUGCCGAGAA